AAAGACGAAGAAGAAGAACUGUUGGCACGUGUGCGCUACCGAACUCCCGAAGCCGAUAAGCCGCCCGCCUCCUCUCCUUCUCGUCGCCGUCGCCGGCGCCGGCUCAGCGCCUCCGCCCUCUCCCCCCACGCCGCCGCCUCCCCCUUCACCCUCUACCCCCACCGCGGGCGCCUCCCCUCCCACUGCCGCCGCCUCCUCCUGCUCCUCCUCCUCCACGUCACCGACGCCGGAGCUUCUUCGAUCCAUGGCAACGGCCAUUUCCGUCGGCGUCGCAGUGCCAGCCGCCAGCAGGAGGCGCGAGGAUGGGGCAGGGCCGCCGCUGCUUCUGCGGCGGCGGUGCCUCGUGGAAGGACAAGUGAGAUGUAGGUUACCAUGGUUGAGACCAAUACGGCACAAUGUUAGAGUGCAGACAUCCAAUGUAAAUGUUGGAGCUGGAAGCUAUGAAGGUGGCGAAGCAGGUAGCCAUGGGGAACAUUUGGAUAGUUCUGCUACCAGAGAUUCAAACAAACCAACAAAACCACCUUCAGGAUCUCGUUACCCUCAAUCCAUUGCUGCAGUGCUACUUCUAUGUGCUCUGGCAUCCGCUUUUAUUGUUUUCUUUAAAGGACAACCAUCUGCAGUUGUAGCGAUGCUUGCAAAGUCAGGUUUCACGGCAGCAUUUACACUGAUUUUUGUAUCUGAGAUUGGGGAUAAGACAUUUUUCAUUGCUGCACUUCUUGCGAUGCAAUAUCAGAGAGCAUUGGUUUUACUUGGGUCAAUGGCUGCUCUUUCCCUAAUGACUAUUGUGAGUGUUAUAAUUGGAAGGAUUUUUCAGUCUGUACCAGCACAAUUUCAAACAACACUACCUAUAGGAGAGUAUGCUGCGAUUGCUCUCCUGGCAUUUUUUGGUUUCAAGUCAAUAAAAGAUGCAUGGCAACUUCCAGAUAAUGCAAAUGGAAACCUUCAGGGAAACUCUGAAUCUGGGGAGCUGGCUGAGGCUGAGGAGCUUGUCAAGGAGAAGGUGGCUAAAAAGUUGACUAGUCCUCUUGAGGUCCUUUGGAAGUCUUUCAGCCUUGUUUUCUUUGCAGAAUGGGGAGAUCGCUCUAUGCUGGCUACAAUUGCGUUAGGUGCUGCUCAGUCUCCUUUUGGUGUCGCAAGCGGAGCCAUAGCUGGACACUUGGUUGCAACUUUCCUUGCAAUUGUUGGGGGAGCAUUCCUUGCCAACUACCUAUCUGAGAAGCUGGUUGGCCUGAUAGGAGGAGUACUUUUUUUGCUGUUUGCUGUUGCCACAUUUUUUGGUGUAUUCUAAUAUCUGAAGAAUUUGUAGCUUGUAAAGGAUUCUGUAGGUCAAUUUAAUCCUAUUUUAAGGUUUUAAGGGCAAAACUGGGCCUUGUCCUUGUUGUUUGUAACUAGUAGGCAUUAUCCUCCUUUUCAGGAGCGAUUCCUUUACUAUUGGAAAACAAAUUGACGUGAACACAAUCAACACACACGCAAGCUGAGCUGCAGCACGCAAACUAUCAGCUAUAUGCCCUAGAGAGACGAAUUGUAUCAUAUACUAUAGAGUAUAUACUAUGUUUAUAAUGAAAUGAAUAAAGUAUUAUUCUGUUUUGUGAAA